AUGGUUUCUGAUCAAAAUCAAAUACAGAUACAAAGCGAUGACGAUCAAGAAGAAACUGCGGCACUGAAAAAAGAUGAUGGUGAUGAAAACGACGACAAAGACGAUGAAGUGGCGGCAUCGAGGAAAGAUGACGAUGGGGAUGAGAAAGAUGACGACAACGGAGACGAUGAAGUGGCAGCAUCGAGGAAAGACGAUUAUGGUGAUGAAAACGACAAUGAUGAUGACAAAGACGAUGAAGUGGCGGCAUCUAGGAAAGAUGAUGAUGAAGAGAAAGAAGUAGAAGAGUGUAAAACGGCAACUUCAAGUGAUCAUAAGAUACCAAUGAUCUCAAGUUGCCCACCAACACCUAGGAAGAAAGCGAUGAUAAGCUUAAACUCCCAGCAAGAGAAAAUUAACAGAGUUGUUCUUCUUUGA